AUGUCAUUGUUUGCCCCCUCGAGGAAUGCAGUCUUGAUCAUUUGCCUGGUCAUUUUGGCUGGAACUGCCAUUUGUGUAACAAAUAUUAUCGAUCACUGUUUUUUUGAACACAUGGCAUUGGUUCAGCUGGCAUGUGGUGAUAUAUCCAUUAAUAACUUCGUAGGACUUUUAACUGCUUUUCUUAUACCAACAGCUGAUUUUAUUCUCAUUACAGCUUCCUAUGUUGUGAUUUUUGCCUCUGUGUUCAAAUCUAGUAAAGCCCAUGGGAAGGCCAUUAAUACAUGUAUUACUCACUUUAUUGUUAUGUCAGUUUCUUUGACUUUUGCCCUGACUGCAUUUCUGUCAUACAGAGUAAGAAAUUAUGGGUCCUAUUUUUCUCCUAAUAGUCGUAUAUUUGUGAGCACAAUGUAUAUACUUUUUCCAAGUUGUUUCAAUCCAAAUAUUUACGGAGUAAGAACAAAAGAAAUAAGACAAGCAUUUCUUAAGUUCAUGAAUUCUGUAAAGGUCCUAACUUUUUAACCAAAACUGAAAAAAUAAAAAAGCAAUUUGCGACCUAAUGCAGUAAAAUGAAUUAUGUCCCAAACUCCCAUGUGCCGUAAACUUUAUUGAUGCACACUAAACAAAAGGCAGAUAAAACUGUAUAACAGGAGUGUAUAACAGUAACUGUAAAACAUACAGAUGUUCAAAAAUGUUUGUAGAAUGUGGCAGGUCUUACCGAAACAUGCUCCAAACAAUACUUUAACCAGCAAUCAGCCCUGUAUGGGAAUCAGACGCCCUAACAAGAGGCUGGUCAUAGCCUUUGAUGUCUGUCACAGAGCAUCUCUUAAAAUCAUUGAGGUUUACAAACUCCAAAGAUUUGGCACACUAGCCAGUCUCUGUUACAAGAAUGUCAGUAUGUG